GCUCUACACGUACGAGGAUGACUCCGACGACCUCAAGCUGGCGGCCUCGGGAGGCGGCGGCUUGCUGGAGCUCUCGGGCCACUUUGAGAUCCAGAAGGUCAUGUACGGCUUCUGCAGCGUCAAGGAGCCCCAGGCCGUGCUGCCCAAAUACGUCCUCGUCAACUGGGUGGGUGAGGACGUGCCGGACGCCCGCAAGUGCGCGUGCGCCAGCCACGUGGCCAAGAUCGCCGAGUUCUUCCAGGGCGUGGACGUGAUCGUCAACGCCAGCAGCGUGGAGGACAUCGACCCGGGCGCCAUCGGGCAGCGGCUCUCCAACGGGCUGGCGCGCGUCUCCAGCCCCGUGCUGCACCGCCUGCGCCUGCGCGAGGACGACGGCGCCGAGCCCGUGGGCACCACCUACCAGAAAACCGACGCCACCGUGGAGAUGAAGCGGCUCAACCGGGAGCAGUUCUGGGAACAGGCCAAGAAAGAGGAGGAAUUGCGCAAGGAGGAGGAGCGGAAAAAGGCGCUGGACGCUCGGCUGCGGUUCGAGCAGGAGCGCAUGGAGCAGGAGCGGCUGGAGCAGGAGGAGCGGGAGCGGCGCUACCGGGAGCGCGAGGAGCAGAUCGAGGAGCACAGGCGGAAGCAGCAGAGCAUGGAGGCGGAGGAGGCCCGGCAGCGCCUCAAGGAGCAGUCCAUCUUCGGGGAGCAGCAGGAGGAGGACGAGCGGCAGCAGCUCCGGAAAUCCGAGUCGGAGGUGGAGGAGGCGGCUGCCAUCAUCGCGCAGCGCCCCGACAACCCGCGGGACUUCUUCAAGCAGCAGGAGCGGGUGGCGUCGGGCAGCAGCGAGGCCGUCUCGCCGGGCAGCCACAGGACAGGUCGUCUGCACUGUUCUUUCAUAAAGACAGCUGACAGUGGGCCGCCUUCCUCCUCUUCCUCCUCCUCCUCCCCCCCGCGGACCCCCUACCCCUAUAUCUCCUGCCACCGCACCCCAAAUCUCUCCUCUUUCUUCCCAUGCAGCCAGUCGGACGCCUUCCGCAAGGCCUCGGCGCCCGGCUGCAGCCCCUGCGAGUCCAGCCCGGCCUCCACGCCGCGGGGCGAGCAGGGCGCCCGCGCGCCGCCCCGAGAGACGCCGGCAGCGCCCACAGACUCGCCCAGCCCCAGCGCGCCGGAGGCAGAGCCCGYGGGCGCCGAGCAGCACUGGCCCUUCCCGGGGGGCGAGGACAGCGCUGCGGAGCCCCCCGAGGCCGAGCCCAGCCCCAGGCCGGCCUGGACRGCGGCGCCUGACGCGCUGGGCGACCUGGUGAGCCUGGAGCCUGCGGCGGCGGCACCGGAGCCCGCGGCGGCACCGGAGCCUGCGGAGACGCCCGGCACCGAGAGCCUCCUGGAGCUGUGGGAGAGCGACGGGGCGGCCCCCGCCGCCGCCCCCGCCUGGCCCCUGCCCACGGCCGCCACCGAGGGCCCCGCGGCUGCCCCCGAGGCCGCGCUGGCCGACGAGGGCGCCCUGCUGGGCCUGGACGAGCUGCCCGAGCCGCCGGCCACGUUCUGCGACGCGGAGCAGGAGGAGGAGGAGGAGGCGCCCGGCGGGACGGCCCGCGCGGCGGCGCUCGGCUACCAGCACGCGCUGCCGGAGGCCGCGCUGGGCGCCGAGACCCCCCUCCUGACCAACGGCGAGAUGGCCCUCAAGGAUGGCACGCCGGGCCGCGGCGAGCAGGCCAGCGAGGGCUACUUCAGCCAGUCGCAGGACGAGGAGGUGCCGCAGCCCGAGGAGCUCUCGGCCAAGGCGCCCCAGCCCGUCUUCUACAACAAGCCCCCAGAGAUCGACAUCACGUGCUGGGACGCAGACCCGCUGCCCGAGGAGGAGGAGAGCUUCGGGGGCGGCGUGUAAG